GCUCCGUUUGGAAAGAGGAAAAAGCAUAACUCAAAACCUCCUAGCUGUGUACGUAGCCGAAGAAUUCUACAAUGGCAGGAAAGAGUAAGAUUUUGAUCAUCGGAGGCACCGGAUACAUUGGAAAGUUCAUCGUUGAAGCCAGUGCAAAAGAGGGUCAUCCCACUUUUGCUUUAGUGAGAGAGACUACGAUCUCUGAUCCAGUUAAGGGAAAAAUCAUUGAAAACUUCAAGAACUUAGGGGUCCAAUUGUUGUACGGGGACCUUUACGAUCAUGAGAGCUUGGUGAAGGCAAUAAAGCAAGUUGAUGUUGUGAUAUCUGCAGUAGGACACAUGCUGUUAGGAGAUCAAGCUAAGAUCAUUGCUGCCAUUAAAGAAGCUGGAAACGUCAAGAGAUUUUUCCCUUCGGAAUUUGGAACUGACGUUGACCGGCAUCAUGCGGUUGAGCCGGCAAAAUCAGCAUUCGCAAUCAAAGCUCAAAUCCGUCGUAGUAUCGAGGCUGAAGGGAUCCCUUACACUUACGUGGCGGCUAACUGUUUUGCGGGCUAUUUUCUUCCAAAUUUGUCACAGGCAGGAGCCACCACUCCCCCAAGAGACAAGGCCGUCAUCCUAGGCGACGGAAAUGCCAAAGCUGUUUUCAACUAUGAAAGUGACAUCGGCACCUACACCAUCAAAGCUGUCGAUGACACCAGAACAUUGAACAAGAUUCUGUUCAUCAAGCCUACUAAAAACAUCUACUCAUUCAAUGACCUCGUUGCACUGUGGGAGAAAUUGAUUGGCAAAACCCUGGACAAAACAUAUGUUCCCGAGGACCAACUUCUCAAACAGAUCCAAGAGGCACCAAUCCCAAUCAACAUCGCAUUGUCCAUCAAUUAUUCCAUCUUUAUCAAGGGAGAUCACACCAACUUUGAGAUCGAACCAUCAUUCGGAGUCGAGGCUUCCGAACUAUACCCUGAAGUGAAAUAUACCACUGUGGAAGAAUACCUCAGUCGUUUCGUUUAACUUGAACCGUUUCUCCUUGUUGUUAAUCUAAACUAAUACUAAUCCAGAAGCUGUCACCGAGAUUUACACUUAUUAUCAUUCGAUCCGAAUGAGAACCAUGGUGUUGUUUCUGAAAUUAUGAACUAUGAGAACCCCUGUUGGCUUUA